ACUGAAGUCAAGCGAGCGCACCAAGUAAAUACCCAUUCAAUACAAAAUAAUAUCUUAGUUUGUCUGUUCGUUGACAGUGCACGAUAGGCAUACGGUGGACAACAGAAGUGUAUUGUCGUUGGGUCAGAAUGUUCUGAUUUUAAACUCGGGUGGGAAAAACGGAGUGAUAAAUCGGAAUUGUUGUUAAUUUUGGCAUUGACUCAAUUUAAAACAAAAUUGUGACAUCGAGAAUUUAUUAGGUGCACAUUAUGUAUACCUAAACGAACGUGAACACUGGACACAAAACAGGAUAUAUACUAUAGUGUAACUCGAGCGCGCUAGUAUCCAGUGUGGAAGUUUAACCUUGGCCUGCUUUUGAACUUUACUUUUUUGCAUUGAAAUUUUUUUUUUCCGUACAUGGAACAUUAUGCGUGCCACACAGAAUUUUACUCACUAGCCUGUGUACCGAUGAAGUAAUCGUUAGUUUCGUGCAGACCAUUCAUUGAUUACGUUGUGUCUUGGAUUGGCUUUCGUUGGACGGAGUUGAAAAGUAGUUGAGAUUUUUUAACGUUUUAAGUGCUGUCUGACUUGGAAUAUUCCACAAGUGAUUGUGAACGUGGAAAAAUGGGAGUAAUGAAAAAAUUGAAAAAGCCUAUCACUGGCGCUAUUUUAUUAGUUCUGGUGUUCAAUGUGGGUUUUAGUGAAUCACUUGAUCAAUCGAAAUUCGAUGAAGACCUAUUGAAAUGUUGUACAACUGGUGAGCAGCACGCGGAAAAAGAAAGCAAUUGUAAAGCCUACGAAAUGCCAUCUGUUCAAGCUGAAUUGAUGUCAUCGUGUUUUUUCUCGGCCGAAAUUUGUUGCAAUUCAAAGCUUCGAAUUGAACAGUGUAAAAUCGGCGUUCAGGCAGCGAAAGAAGGUAAAGAUUGUCAUAAUCCUGGAAAUCAAACUGGCAUCGAAUUCUACAAGAACUGUUGUGAGGCAUGCAAGGUCGGUUUGGUGUUGGGCACAAUGCAAGAAGAAUGUUCGAUAGGCAUUUUGUUUGGUACUCCAUUCGACGAUUCAUACAAUUAUUGCUGCAAUGAAAUGAAAUCCACGGACAGUUUUGUGAUUAACGAAGAUGAAAAUAUUUGCACCAAACUUGAGAAUUUGUGCUCACAGAUUUGUGAACCAACCGACGAGUCGUAUGUAUGUAAAUGCAAAGAAGGCUACAAAUUGGGAGAUGAUAAGAGAACUUGCGUUAAGGAGGACGAUGACUCAUCGGCAGAGAAAUUGAACGAAGUCACUAACAAUCCCACUGAGGAUUGUUCAACGGGCUAUACGAAAAAUGAACAAACGGGCACAUGCGACGAUAUAAACGAAUGUGAAGGACCUGACGUCACUUGUAAUUUGGAAUCACAAGUCUGUUACAACGUACCGGGAACCUAUAAAUGUUUGGAUGUAAUGCAAGUGUCGCAAUGCCCCAAUGGUUUUAAAUUUGAUCCGAAAAUCAAACAGUGCAUUGAUAUAAAUGAGUGCGAAUUAGGUAUUGGAAAAUGUCCUGCGAAUCGUCAGUGUGUUAACAUUCCGGGUGGAUAUGAUUGUGCUGAAUCAAAAAAGACCACAACUCAAACCGACUCCGUGCCAUUUUCACCGCAGAAACGAAAUUUGACCUGCUCGAAGGGAUAUAAACAACAUUUUGAUAAGUGUGUCGACAUUGACGAAUGUGCCGUGGACAAAACGGCAUGUGAUAGCAAUCAGAACUGCAUAAAUAACUUAGGAUCAUUCCGAUGUGAAUGCAAAACCGGCUUCACCAUGGAUAAAGUAGUGAAUGCAUGCGUUGAUAUAAACGAGUGUCAAAUCAACAACCAUGACUGUUUGGAUACGCAAAGGUGUGACAAUACGAUUGGUUCGUACACAUGCAUUCGACUACAGAGCUGUGGAACGGGCUAUACAUUGAAUGCUGAAACUAGCAACUGUGAUGAUGAUGACGAAUGUGCGUUGGGCCGCCACAAUUGCAUAAGACCAUACGAAUGCCGUAAUACAAAAGGAUCAUUCCGUUGUGAAAAGCCGCGUUACACAACGACUUCAACGACAACCACUUCCACGACAUCCACGACAACAACCAAACGUCCGUACGUUCAUACUCAGUACUAUCCACCGUAUACACAAUCGUAUAGCAGUCGAUUGAACGUUUGGCCACAUACAACAACACCAGUGCCGCGACACAUUGACUAUGAUCAACGGUACGGUCCAUGCAACGAAGGAUUCCAACGAAGCAAUCAAGGCGCUUGUAUAGAUAUCGAUGAGUGUGUUCAAUCUAAUCCUUGCCGACGUAAUCAAAGAUGCAUCAAUACGAACGGAUCUUAUAAGUGCCAAAGUUUACUCCAGUGCUCAGGAGGGUACACAUCAAAUGACGAAGGAACUCAAUGCAUUGAUAUCGAUGAAUGCCAGCAAGGGACAGCAAAUUGUGGCCCAGAUGAAAUCUGCAAGAAUAAACCGGGUGGUUAUACAUGCUCUUGUCCCGCUGGCCAUGCUUUGAAUGCACAAAGACGUUGUGACGAUAUAGAUGAAUGUGAUUUCUACAAGGGACAGGUAUGUUCCAGCAAUUCGAAUUGUAUAAACACAAUCGGUUCGUAUCGAUGUGACUGUAAAGAUGGGUUCAAAAAACAAGACGGAAAUGAAGAUGAUAAAAUCUGUGUUGAUGUCAAUGAAUGCCUUGAAAUUCCUGGUCUAUGCCAACAAAAGUGUAUCAAUUACUGGGGAUCAUAUCGCUGUGCUUGUGAAACUGGAUUCCGUUUAGGUGAAAAUAAUCGAACAUGUGAAGACAUUAACGAGUGUGAAGUGCACAAAUCAUACAAUUUGUGCUUAGGAGUAUGUGAAAAUACCCGUGGCUCAUAUCGUUGCACUUGUCCAUCAGGCUAUACACUUGGUUCCGAUAACAGAUCGUGUCAGGAUAUUGAUGAAUGUGCCACAGAAAAUGUGUGCACCGGCCCGAAUGCAAUCUGCACAAAUAUACGAGGAAGCUACCGGUGUACAUACAAAAACUGUCCACCUGAUUACAUGAAUGAUCCCACGCAUAAAAACCGCUGCAAACGAAUUUCAUUAACAUGCGAUCACGGAGAUAUGGAAUGCUACCGAAGACCAGCUUCGAUUACAUUCCAUUUUAUAACAUUGGUUUCUCAAAUGUCUUUGCCGCCAACUGGCAGAGUUCUUUUCACAUACAAAGGACCGAGCUGGUAUGAGAACAUCGAUUUCGACAUGAAAAUCGUAAAUACACAAGCACGUGGCAAUGUUCGACGUGUAAGCGACCAAUUCUUCAGCAUGGACAAAUUCCAAAAUGAAGCACGCUUGAGUUUGAUGGAAAGUUUGGAGGGGCCACAAGAUAUUGAAAUUGAAAUGAGCAUGACCGUUUUCAGAGAUGGCCAACCAAGUGGAACAAAUGUCGCCAAAAUAUUCAUAUUCGUCUCGGAAUAUCAAUAUUAGAGCUUAAAAAUCGUUUUUGUUUUUAGAAAAUAGAAUAGUCGACUUUAAAAUCAAUAGAUUCCCAUUUAAAUCACACAAUUCUACUGUAAGCAUAUCAAAUAUCAAGUAAGCAAAUGAAAUAUCGACUCGAUUUUAUCAACAAAAUACAUAAAACAAAUACAAAAAUCAAAAAGAUUCUUUAAAAAAUUGAAUAAAAAUGAAAAUUCGUGUUGAA